AUGCCUGCGCAGCUGUUCCUCUUGGUUCUGCUGCUCUCUGCUUGGCCUCACCCUGGCGUCCAGUCCAUCUUCAUCAACAGAUGCAGCAGUCCUGCCCCGAAGGUGUGUGACUUUGUUUGCGACUGCAGGGACUGCUCCGAUGAGAACCAGUGCGGUUAUCACAAAGAAUCAGUCACGCUGGGAACUCCCUUCACCUGCGAUUUUGAAGAGGGCAACUGUGGCUGGAAGGACGUGAGCACCUCUGUCUACAGAUGGGUCACAGACCGAGCCAGCAUCGCCAUGUGGGGGACAGGACCCAGCGCCGAUCACACCCGGGGCACUGAUCUGGGCUGGUACAUGGCUGCAGAGAUGCGCAGAAACACGUUUGCUGCCAUCGCUAGGUUAAGGUCCCCUGUGAUGCGACAAGCGGCAGCCACCUGUGAGAUCCGAGCAUGGUAUCGCCUGUGGGAAACAGGGCUUAACGAGACGGUGCAGCCGGCUCUGUGGGUGGAGCUGACAUAUGACAAUGAGACCAGAACGCUGUGGCAGAGUCCCAAGAGCAGCAUCUCUGCCUGGCAGGAGCUGGUUGCAUACACAGGCCGGGUGCCAGGGGAGUUCCAGAUAACCCUCUCCUCGCGGCAGAGCUCCUUGCAGCUGGACGACGUGGAGUUCAGGAGCUGUGGCUUGCCGCCGCCCCUGAGCCUAGUGUGUGGCCCGGAGGACAGGCACUGCAGCCGUGGAUCAUGUGUGCAGCUGGAGCAGCUCUGUGAUGGCACCGACGACUGCGGGGAUCUGUCAGACGAAUCCGCCACCGAGUGCAGAUCGUUCACCACCUGUUCCUUUGAGAGGGGCUGGUGUGGCUGGAACACUGGGCCCGAUUACCCGACCUGGGUCAGGAACACAAGCCUCCACCUUGCGCCUGGGGCCCGCAGGCCCACACGGGACCACAGCAGCAACAGCAGGACAGGCUUUUUCCUUCACGUCAGUACCGGCCCACAGGACCUGAGCAGCGGCGCGGCCAGACUCGUUAGUCCAACUUUCCAAGCAACCACGACCAGCUGCUGCUCUCUCGUGUUCUACUCCCACCUCUACGACUCGGCCACCAGCAGCCUCAACAUCUACUACCAAACCAGCUCCGGCGUCAUGCAGCUCAUGCGCUCGAGGGCCGGGGACCUGGGUGAUUACUGGUUCAGGGAGAAAGUGGACUUCAAUGUGACCAAGAACUUCCAGAUCGUUCUUGAGGGCGUGAUUGGAACAGGACACAAAGGCAGCAUGGCCCUGGAUGACCUGGUUCUAUCUCCAGGCUGCGUCCUGGCUGCAGGCAGUCAGGUCAUCACUCCCCGGCCUUCCUCCACUGACCCCGCCACGCCCUGCACCGCACAGGAGUUUGCCUGCGACAAUAUGAAGUGCAUCAGCGCGGAGCUGGCCUGCGACUUUACAGAGACGUGUGAAGACGGCUCCGACGAGACGUACUGUGGGGCAUCGACCUUCGAGACCGGGGCUAGGGGCUGGAAGGACGUCAGUGUGGGCCAGCUGCAGUGGGCGAGGCAGAAAGCCAGUGAGGCCUUACUGCCUGGGGCAGACCACACCACCAACACCUCCACAGGGAGUUUUCUGGGUGUGGCGCUGGCUCCAGGCCAGAUGGUGUCCGGGGCCAGGGCUCGCACCCCUGUUCUGGGCCCCUCGGGCCUGGCCUGCUCCGUGGAGAUGCACUACUGGCUGCACAGCGACCUCCAAGGGUUCAUUGCGCUCGGCAUCGUGGAUCAUGCCCUGGGGACACACAGGCUGGCGUGGCACACGCAGGGCAACGGCAGCAUGGCGUGGAAACACAUCACUGUUCCGCUUGGGGAGAGAGCCAGACCCUUCCAGCUGGAGUUGAUUGCCCUGGUGAAGCUGCGCGGCCCCGUGGUGCAGAGUGCUGCUGUGGACGAUGUUGCGUUUGUGAACUGCGACCCCCGCUUUACCCCUCCAGACGCCUCGGAGCUGUCUUGCAACUUUGAGAUGGGGCUCUGCGGCUGGUACCAGGAUCAGAGCGAUGAUUUUGAGUGGGUGCGAGGCACAGGGCUGGGGCUGGGCUCUGACCACACCACCGGCACAGGCUAUUUCUUGUCUGUGGAUCUCUCCGCCGCAAGCACCUGGGGCCUGAGCGCGCGUCUCAUCACCUACCCUCAGGACCCUCCCACCAGAGAGCAGUGCCUCUCGUUCUGGUACCGCCUGGAUGGCCCUCAGAGCGGCACGCUGAACCUAAAGAUCCAGCACGAUGGGGAGCCGGAGACGGUGCUCUGGACCCAAACGGGAUCUCAUGGCAGCACGUGGCACCUGGGAUUCGCAACACUCAGUCGCCAGGCUCUCCAGAGGUACCGGCUGAUCUUUGAGGCUCUCCGUGACGGGUACCUGGGGGACAUGGCCCUGGAUGAUGUCACCGUGCGAGCUGGAGCCUGUGGUCCCCAGAAGUCCUGCUCGUUCGAGGCCAAUGCCUGUGGCUUCUCCUCCAGCUGGCAGUACACAUGGGCACGGCAGAACAACGCCACGGGCACUGCCACCGCUGGCCCUCCCACUGACCACACCAUGGGGACAGCCCGAGGAUAUUACAUGAUUGUUGAUACCAGCAAGGGCUCCCUGCCCCGUGGGCAAGCAGCCACUCUGAGCUCUGGGCAGUACAGGCCCCUGACUCAUCCGCAGUGCCUGGGCUUCUGGUACCAGCUGAGCCCCAGUGACCCAGGUUCUCUGGCGGUGUGUGUGAAGGAGAAGGGGGUGCAGCGGAGGCUGUUCAGCGUGAGCUCAGUGCAGGGGGACGCUUGGCGCUAUGGUAAAGUGACUGUCCAAGCGGCUGAGGACUGGCAGGUCGUGUUCGAGGUGGUGAGUGCUGGGGGUGAGCUCUCCUAUGUCGCCCUCGAUGAUCUGCACCUGAAGGCUGGCAGCUGCCCAGAGCCAGGUUCCUGUGACUUUGAGUCAGACACUUGUGGCUGGACCAGCCCCUCAGACCGUACCCUGGGCAGCUACGCCUGGGGCUGGAGGAGCGGGGCCAGCCCGGGCCCCGAGGUGGACCACACACUGGGCACGACAGCAGGUCACUACGUUUCCUUUGACGCCAGCGUGCUGGGUCCCGGGGGGAACGCCGCCUGGCUGCUGAGUGAGCACCUGCCAGCCACCACGGGCGCCUGCCUUCGGUUCUGGUACCACAUGGACUUCCCAGAGCACUUCUACGGCGGCGAGCUGAGGGUGAAGCUGUACAGCCUGGCAGGGGAACUAACAGUCUGGUGCGCCCGAGGGCACCAGGGCCGAGGCUGGUGGAACAGGACCAUCUCAGUGCAGAACACUGUGGAGUUCCAGAUUGUCUUUGAAGUGACCAAUGGCGUGUGGCCUGCCGGGGGGACCGUCGCCCUGGAUGAUAUCACGUACCAUGCUGGAGAGGGCUGUGAUGGCGCCGGUUUGGGCCAAAUGGAAGAUGGGAACCCUGCCCAAGGUGCUGUGGCAGCAAUGGGGAUUGGCAUUCUCCUGGCCACUGUAUUCCUGCUCCUGCUAGCUUUGAGCACAUGCUGUUGGCUGAAGAGGAGGGCGUCAGCGGGCAGGAUGCCAGAGGAGAGAGCCACCAGCCAAGGCUUUGACAACAUCGCUUUUAGAGAUGACAGGGUCACUAUAACUCCACUACCUGCGGAGGGGGAAGCAGAACCAGAUGUGAGCCUCCCAUAA